GCUGGGAAGCAUUACACAUCAAGCACUCGUGCAGAGCAAACGUGUCAGCGAGAAAUUUAAAAAUAAAUUAAUAAUUUUCAAAGACUAAUAUUGUGUGAUUAAAAGUGAAAGUACAAAAUGUCCCAACGCAGAGUUUUGAAAGUCUCCUACCAUGGAAACCGUCAGUUAAUCCGUUAUAAGAAGGGCAGCACUUAUAAUGAAAUACUUAAGACAAUUAUGAAACACUUCCAGAUUCCCUGCAAACGCAAGUCAGCAUUAAUACUUAAGCUCACAAAUGAAGCCGGAAAAGUGUUUAGUAAACGUCAACUCACUAACUAUCUCUCAUUGUUUCCGACUCCGAAGAUUACAUUCCAUCUACAAAACAGUAAAGAAUCAACAGCUAGUUCUGGAAAGCAUCUGCGAGUAUUACCACGAAAUCAUAAAACAAUCAAAACCUCGAUUACAAAGCAACAUAGGAGGCAAAAACGUCAACACGUUAGCGAUUACGUGUACGAUCCGACCUACCCUACCGCAGCUGUGUUUCGCAUGAACUGUUUCGUAGGCGUUUAUCCGAGCAAGUGUGCCCCGCCGCCAGUGAAACGCGUGCGUUUUAGCGAAUCUUCCAACAGCAUCAGAAUUAUACCUGCACGCUCGCUAACACCUGAGCCUGUUAAAGGUGCGCUGCGGCGUACGAAUUCUUUUGUGGGUGAAUAUCCACAACUGUUGGAAACAUAAGGCAGAAGUAACAGCUCAAUUAAGGGGAGAGAGAGAGUACCAUCCAAGAUGUACCAGCAUCAACUUACUGAAAGCCAAAGCCCUGAAGCAUGGCUUGGAAUUGACGUCUUGAGGAUCAUUCUGUAUCGAAACCAACGAACAUAGUUUACGCCCACCAAACGUGACACUCCGGUACUCAAACAGACCAGCGACGAGAAAAUCGUCUUCAAAGAUUUGUACAUUAUUAUUGUUUUUUUUGUUUCAAAUUUAGUAUUCAUAAAUCUGAAAUAAUAAUUAUUGAUUGGUUAGUUUCAUCAUAAGCUUUCAAAAAUAAAGCAAAAUGAAUUAUUUUUAACUGUAUGAAA